CCGCUUUGUUGCCGCGCGCAGUAGCUGGAACACUCACACGCGCGCUGGUGCGCGCUCCCGCCCCGUGCAGUUUUCGGGCGCGCGCACGGCACAGCGGCACGGAGAGGCUUUCAUCUGUCUGUCUCUCGGCCUGUCUCUCGGCCUGUCUCUCUCUAAACGGACUGAGUGAUUAUUCCAGGCGACUGAACGAUGUCCUGCGGGAUCCACUGACUCACUUCAUCAGCAGAACCGGACGUCUACUGCCUCGCUCACUCAUCCCUUCACUAUCAUCCACUUGUUCCCUUGCUCCCUCAUCCCCUCGUCUCCUCGUUCCCUUUCUCUGUAGCCAUGGAGGCGCGUGGAAAAUAUGAAUUUAACGCCACGGCGGAGGACGAGCUCAGCUUUCGCAAAGGAGACAUCCUGAAGAUCUACGGCUGUCAGGAUGAGUGGUAUAAAGCAGAAAUGAACGGCCACGAAGGAUUCGUCCCUAAGAACUAUGUGGACAGACAGAUCCCCAGCUGGUACCAGGAGAACGCCAGCCGCAACGCUGCAGAGGAGAUCCUCAUGUCGCGGGAGGUGGGAGCGUUCCUGAUCCGCGGCAGUCAGAGUUCUCCUGGAGAUUUCUCCAUCUCCGUCAGACACGAGUUUGACGUGCAGCAUUUUAAGGUGAUGAAGGACAAUAAAGGUCAUUAUUACCUGUGGAGUGAGAAAUUCACGUCCCUCAACAAGCUGGUGGACUUUUACAAAACCACGUCCAUCUCCAAACAGAAGGAGAUCUUCCUGAGGGACGGGAGCCGAGAGGAACCGGGCGUCUCCGCACCCCAUCCUAGACCCAGCGUUCCCGACGGCCGACCCCAACCAUCUACAGGACACCGCAGACCAGCAGAGCACCCUCACCCUCAGCAGAAUAAACGAGGAAGUUUAGAGGAUCGAUCUCACAACAUGGGUCCUGCAGGGAGGAACAGUCCGGUUAGUUCCCUUCCGACACCCAGACGACCCUCGGACAUCACACCUGCACCGAGGCCGUCCCUACAGGUGAAGGCUCUGUAUGACUUCAUAGCGGAGGAAGAUGAUGAGCUGGGCUUCAACGCCGGUGACAUCAUCGAGGUUCUAGAUCGCUCCGAUGCGUCGUGGUGGAAAGGACGCCUGCGUGGGAACGUCGGACUUUUCCCUGCUAACUACACGUCUUAGAUGUAAACGUACACCCCCCACCCCACCCCAUCCACCCGACCCCAACCCAGGAGAACCGGUUCUUCUGUUCUGUCUUUACACUUUACAUCAGAUUGUUUCCUUUCAUCAUUGAUUAGGAGGACAAGAUUAAUGCGGAUAAUUGGAUUAAUGAUACCGUUAUGAUUUAGUGCGAGUUCUUUGAUGUUGUGCUCUGAACACAGAGGUACGAUUCUGUCUCAGUCGAGACCCCACACACGGACCGGGACCGCCAGUCCUGCUCCCGGACGGUUCUCUCGUCUUAAUGAACCGGCUAACUAACGAGUCUGAGUGUGUUAGCCUGAGUGUGUGUUGGAGCAGGAACACCGGAGUGUGUCCAGGAGCAGGACUGAGGAACACUGUACAUCAGAACACCUUCAGAACUCUCAUGUAUCACUUUUAUAUUUAAUAUUCACUUCAUAAUAACUGACAUCAGAGCCACGAGCGAUCCUUUAAACCAGAAACUAAACUCCUCAUCCCUGAAGUUUGUAAAGCAGAAUGUUUUCAUUUUUUAUUCAUUUGUUUUUUUUUUAUAGUCUUUAUUAUGCCCUAAACAUUAUUCUUGUUUUUGGAUUUUACAAAAUAAACCUCGACAUGGUCUUUACUGUAAUCUAUUAAAUAGAUUAUUAUUAUUAUUAUUAUUAUUAUUAUUAUUAUUUCUAGACUUUAAUGUAGACUAAGAUAUUGACAGUCAAAUAUUCUUUUUUUGGGUCAGUUAUGAUUUUUUUCUGUGAAAUAAAGCAAUAAGAAAAGAGUGAAA